CCACGUUAGUCCAACUUUAGGCAUUGAGUCGUUCGGGUCAGAUGGCUAAAGCUUCACUUAUUUUAGUAUUUAGUGAAGUGAAAAUGUAACCUUUUUUUUGUAAUUUUAUAGUUUUUUAUUGAAGUGGUUUAUGUUUGUGUUUUUUUUUUAAUGUAGAGCAGUGAGACCUUAAUUUAUAAUGAGGCUGUGUUUAAUGUUAAGUGUUCUGCUUUUGCAUGGAAGCUUUUCUGAUAUUUUCUGGUCGCUUCUUGAAGAUUUUAAUGAAUUUUACGAAACUUUGUAAAUAUAACCGCGAAAUGCAAGAAGAUAAAACAUGUAGGGCAACCGACCAAAACUAAGAAACUCCAAAGAGUCUUCAGUAGAAUACUUCACGCGACAAAAAAGUCAUUUAACAAUACCAAUCAUGAUGCACUUCGAUAAAUCCCUAACCGACAAACUAGUGAAAGAACACAAGAUCAAAACCAGAAAAAAGCUGAAAGAUAUAUCAAGGAAUAUCCUAAAAGAGGUGGAAACGUACUUCAGGCACCAAAGUCUGAACCAUAGCAUACAUUUUAACUUAUUAGAUACAAAAUUCGUAAAGAAAAAUAAGCUAGAAAUGGACGAAAAUGGAUCGAAAUACUUGAAGAAUUACUGCACGAAACAAGGACAUAAGAAGAAAGAGAGUAGAAGAUGGUGGUUCUCAGUCCUUUUGACAGGAAUGGAUUUGUUUUAUCUAGAUAAGAAUGGGCGAGAAAUCAGGAGUAGUACAGGACGAAGCUAUAUGGGAGGUGUUUGCGCUUUAGACAAGAGCUGCACUGUGCUAGAGUGGAAUCCGAAAAAUAUUGGAUAUCUUCUUACACAUGAAAUAGGCCACAGCCUCGGCAUGUCACACGACGGAGCACCCCACAACGACUGCCGGCCUCAUCGGUAUAUCAUGAGCAACAAGUACCACCCCCGGUACCACCCUAAGACGUGGUCUGGAUGCAGCAAGAAGGAUCUCCAACGGUUUCUUCUGAGCAGAAAAGCUUGGUGCCUUAGAUAGCAUUUCAUUUCUGCCAGAUGAUACAUCACACGUUUUUCCUAUAACACAAUCACAAUUCUCGAACGCCUUGUGUUUUAUUUGCCAUAAACUCCCAUCCCGUAACAAGUUAGUUGGAAAUAUUUUUAUUUGUUUACCGCAAGCUGUUGUAUCUCAAUGAAUUUGCUCAUGAAGUUUUGACAGUAUAGUACCAUUACAGUAUUUAAAUUCAAUGAUACAAGGCAUUCAUUCUUUAUUUAAUUAAGUGGAAUAAAUGAAAUAAUUGUGGGACGCCUUUG